CGGCACCACAAGUCUAAGCUCUCGGACACCAGACGACGCAGAUCCGAACACACCACUUGGCCCGGGGUUUCCAAAUUGCUAUGAAUAAUGGCCCAGCUGUAUUACAAAAAGGUCAACUAUUCACCAUACAGAGACCGCAUCCCCCUGCAAAUAGUGAGGGCCGAGACAGAGCUCUCUGCAGAGGAGAAGGCCUUCCUUAAUGCCGUGGAGAAAGGGGACUAUGCCACUGUAAAGCAGGCCCUCCAGGAGGCUGAGAUUUACUACAAUGUCAACAUCAACUGCAUGGACCCUUUGGGCCGGAGCGCCCUGCUCAUUGCUAUUGAGAAUGAGAACUUGGAGAUCAUGGAGCUACUGCUGAACCACAGCGUGUACGUAGGGGAUGCACUGCUUUAUGCCAUCCGCAAGGAAGUAGUGGGUGCUGUGGAGCUGCUGCUCAGCUAUAGGCGGCCCAGUGGAGAGAAGCAGGUCCCCACUCUGAUGAUGGACACCCAGUUCUCCGAGUUCACACCAGACAUCACUCCCAUUAUGUUGGCCGCCCACACCAACAACUACGAAAUCAUCAAAUUGCUUGUGCAAAAACGGGUCACUAUCCCAAGGCCCCAUCAGAUCCGCUGCAACUGUGUGGAGUGUGUGUCUAGUUCAGAGGUAGACAGCUUGCGUCACUCCCGCUCCCGGCUGAAUAUUUAUAAAGCUCUAGCAAGCCCCUCACUCAUUGCCUUAUCAAGUGAGGACCCCAUCUUAACUGCCUUCCGCCUGGGCUGGGAGCUCAAGGAGCUAAGCAAAGUGGAAAAUGAGUUCAAGGCUGAGUAUGAGGAGCUUUCCCAGCAGUGCAAACUCUUUGCCAAAGACCUGCUGGACCAAGCUCGAAGCUCCCGGGAACUGGAGAUCAUCCUCAAUCACAGAGAUGACCACAGUGAAGAGCUGGAUCCUCAGAAAUAUCAUGACCUGGCCAAGCUGAAAGUAGCAAUCAAAUACCACCAGAAAGAGUUUGUUGCUCAGCCCAAUUGCCAACAGUUACUGGCCACUCUGUGGUACGACGGUUUCCCUGGAUGGCGGCGGAAACACUGGAUAGUCAAGCUUCUGACCUGCAUGACUAUUGGGUUCCUGUUUCCCAUGCUGUCUAUUGCGUAUUUGAUCUCACCCAGGAGCAACCUUGGAUUGUUCAUCAAGAAACCCUUUAUCAAGUUCAUCUGCCACACAGCUUCCUAUCUGACCUUCCUCUUCAUGCUUCUCCUGGCUUCUCAGCACAUUGUCAGGACAGACCUCCAUGUUCAGGGGCCUCCCCCAACUGUCGUGGAAUGGAUGAUACUGCCCUGGGUUCUCGGUUUCAUUUGGGGGGAGAUAAAGGAAAUGUGGGAUGGUGGAUUUACUGAAUAUAUCCAUGACUGGUGGAACCUGAUGGAUUUUGCAAUGAACUCACUAUACCUGGCAACCAUUUCCUUGAAGAUUGUGGCCUAUGUCAAGUAUAAUGGUUCUCGGCCAAGAGAAGAAUGGGAAAUGUGGCACCCAACUCUGAUUGCAGAAGCACUGUUUGCCAUAUCCAACAUUUUAAGUUCCCUGCGUCUCAUAUCCCUGUUCACAGCCAACUCCCACUUAGGGCCUCUGCAGAUAUCUUUGGGGCGCAUGCUGCUCGAUAUCCUCAAAUUCCUUUUUAUCUACUGCCUGGUACUGCUGGCUUUUGCCAAUGGGUUGAACCAGCUUUACUUUUAUUACGAGACCAGAGCAAUCGAUGAGCCCAACAACUGCAAGGGGAUCCGAUGUGAGAAACAGAACAAUGCCUUCUCCACACUCUUUGAAACACUUCAGUCACUCUUCUGGUCUGUAUUUGGCCUUUUAAAUCUUUAUGUCACCAAUGUGAAAGCCAGACAUGAGUUCACAGAGUUUGUGGGAGCCACCAUGUUCGGGACCUACAACGUCAUCUCCCUAGUAGUGCUACUGAACAUGCUGAUCGCCAUGAUGAACAACUCUUACCAGCUCAUUGCCGAUCAUGCAGAUAUUGAGUGGAAGUUUGCAAGGACGAAGCUCUGGAUGAGUUAUUUUGAUGAAGGUGGCACCUUGCCACCUCCUUUCAACAUCAUCCCUAGUCCAAAAUCAUUUCUAUACCUCGGUAACUGGUUCAACAACACUUUCUGCCCCAAAAGAGACCCUGAUGGGAGACGGAGAAGGCACAAUUUGAGAAGCUUCACAGAACGCCAUGCGGAUAGCCUGAUACAGAAUCAACAUUACCAGGAAGUUAUUAGGAAUUUAGUCAAAAGAUAUGUGGCUGCUAUGAUAAGAAAUUCCAAAACAAAUGAGGGACUGACGGAAGAAAAUUUUAAGGAACUGAAGCAGGACAUCUCCAGUUUUCGAUAUGAAGUGCUUGACCUAUUAGGAAAUAGGAAACACCCAAGGAGAAGCUUCUCCACUAGCAGCACUGAACUCUCUCAGAGGGAUGAUACCAAUGAUGGCAGUGGUGGGGCUCGGGCCAAAUCCAAGAGUGUCUCUUUCAAUUUAGGCUGCAAGAAAAAAACCUGCCACGGGCCACCGCUCAUCAGAACCAUGCCAAGGGCCAGUGGUGCCCAAGGGAAGUCAAAAGCUGAGUCAUCAAGCAAACGCUCCUUCAUGGGUCCUUCUCUCAAGAAACUGGGUCUCCUGUUCUCCAAGUUCAAUGGUCAUAUGUCUGAACCCAGCUCAGAGCCAAUGUACACAAUUUCUGAUGGAAUCGUUCAGCAGCACUAUAUGUGGCAGGACAUCCGAUAUUCCCAGAUGGAGAAAGGGAAAGCAGAGGCCUGUUCUCAAAGUGAAACUAACCUCAGUGAGGUAGAAUUAGGGGAAGCCCGAGGCGCUGCCCAGAGCAGUGAAAGUCCACUAGCCUGUUCCAGCUCUCUUCACUGCGCAUCCAGCAUCUGCUCCUCAAAUUCUAAACUGUUAGACUCCUCAGAGGAUGUAUUUGAAACUUGGGGAGAGGCUUGUGACCUGCUCAUGCACAAAUGGGGGGAUGGACAGGAAGAACAAGUUACAACUCGGCUUUAAGUCAAGCUCCUAAUACCUGUCCUUGAACUCAACUGAAAAUUUGUAAUUUCCUUGCUCUCAGAGAUGACAUAGAAUAUGGUUCCCUCACUGCCCCACCCUCCCCCCAAAGGAGAGUGAAACUCCUAUUAUUUUCACUAUCUUUUAUAGCCACCUUGUCCAGUUUCUGUUUUUGUUUUUUGUUCUUACUAUUAUUUGCCUUUUUAUACCUAUGAACACCAAGUCCAUUUCACAACCAACCGAACAGGUGUUUACCCCUAACUAGCAGAGGUGCAUCGGGUGCUUCCCCUUUGGCUUUGCUUUUCUUUCCCUGCCUCCUUGAAGCUCCAGGUGCCAACUUCGCUACUGUUGCUGCCGCGCCGCCGACUCCUGACCUUCCUCAGGAUCUCACAGCAUCUCCCCACAGGGCUGAGGAAUGUACUCAGCAGACCCCACCAGCUAUCAGAUAAGGCCAACUAACCUGCCUAUCUUUGUUGUCCUUCAGUGCUACACGCUGCCCAUUCUGGUUCAAUGAAUAGACUCCCAAAGAAUUGUCAGCUUGUGGUUUUUAGGUAUAAUUGGCUUUUUAAAAAAUUUUGGUUAUUUUUGUUUUCAAACACUACAGCUUCUCCUUAUUGUGAGGGCUUGUUGAGUUGUUUCUUAAAAAUGUGUUAGGUUCCUAGUGUGUGCCAAUGAAUAUUUACCCCAUAGUAUAUGUCAUAUCUAAUAAGUUAGUGACUUCCUUUCCUGUAUUUGUAUAUUUCAGUUAACUUAUUACAUUUUAAAAUUUGGUAGUAUUGAGGCUAGUAUUUAGGAUGUGUACUGUUUUUAAAGACUUCUACUGCACUCUAACCAAUAGUCACCACAUCUCAUACAUUGACAAGGAAAAAUAAUUAGCUGGUAUCUUUAUAGGGUUCUAUCUACUGUGGAUAGUUUUAAUCAUCACUGCUAUCAAAAGCACUUCUAGGGUAACAGCUGGGAUUUGAAUAUUUUUUUAAUCAGGAAAAGGACAUCUUGUUGAGGUGUUAAAAUCAAGAAAGCGCAUCUUCUCCAUUUUAAUAAGUGCUUUCUGGUUAAAAAAAAAAAAGAUCCACAAAAAAAAUUAGGUUUAGAAAACCUGAUUCAGGUUGCAGUUUUACUAUUCAUUGGGGGCAGUGGAAUUGCAUGUGUAAACUUAUGUUAGAUAUAUAACAUAAUAACCCUAGCUAAUCCAUGAAAUAAUAAACAUGAUCCAAAUUCUACUGUCUUCAAAGAAAGCUCCAUUUAUACACUCAAAAAAUUCUUUGACAGAAUUUGAGAACCUUGUCAGAAUACAAAGAUGUAGGUUAAAAAAUGAAGUCAAUAAUGCAUAUUCUGAUCACCACCAGAACAUAACCUUCUCAGGAAGAGUGUUUUAUUAUCAAUAUUAGCCCAAAAGUAUCUACCCCCAAUUUGGACUCAAAUACAUGACCGGAAGCACCCUUAGGUCUGGGUCCUGGAGAUUAAGUAAACACUGUGGAGCCCAGAAAAGCAAGAGAGUUAAUCGGAUGUCACCUUGUCCUUGUAAAUGUCAAUAGCAAUAGGAAUCCUUCCAGAUUCACGCAUAUGCUUUCUGGUCAAAGUGCAAUGAAUCAUUUUCAAACAAUGUAAAUGUGCCUCUGAAAUAGCUUUUGACAAUGUGGGUUCUGUUUGAACUGAUUCCCAUUUCUUGUGUAACUUUGGUGAUGGAUAGUCAAAAUAUUCCACAUUAAGAAGAGGAAAAUUGGGUGUGUAGGGAGGGAUCAGAGGAGGGAACAGGAAGAGUUGCUAAAGAAUUAGGCUCAGAUCCAGUGAAGUGUUCAACAGAACAGCUUGCCUGCAUGAAGAAGACUCACUUGAGAAGAUCUUGCUCCCCCAAAAUUCAUUGAUCAUAUCUGAAGUGAUCAUUUACUGAAAUCCAACUUCCCUCUUGCUUCUCUAAGUGGGACUAUCACAAAUGGCCUUGACAUCAAUAACAGAAGAAAGGUUUCUUAUGUUACAGAUUCAAUUUUUCCAAAUGUCAAAAUCACACUGAAUAACAAAUAGUAUCUGGGCAACAUUCCUAACUCAUAUUGAGGGUGCCAAAAAUCAAUACAUGGCCCUAUUUCAUGAAAAGAAAAAUAUGUCUUUCUCACAAAGGCAUGUAUUUCUGAUAACCUCAGUUAUCAAAAAAUUGUUCUUGCAGUUACUUCUCCAUUUGGCAGAAAAUAAGGGUACCUAGAUAUAGAGUCAUACUCGAAAAUAUAGUCUCCUCUCAGUUACGUUCUAUAAGCCAAGAACAUGUAUACACACACACAUGCACAUAUACAUAUAUUGGAUAUAUGAAUUAGAAUAUGGAAAUAUAGUCAAAUAAAUCAUAGUAGCCAAUCUCUACUAAUGAAAUGAGCCAAUGUCAUAUUUCACAUGCAAAAUAUUAUUUUUCAGAUCUUCUCAGUAUUAUUGCCUUUGCAAGUUGGGCUUUACACUUCACUACUUUGAGGCCUAACUUUUUAUGCAUUGAAGUGAGUUAACUAUUGACAAUUAAAUCACAAUUGCCCUAAUUUCUAUGUUGAUGACACCAACAUUUUGAUUAAGAGUAUAAACUAUGAAGGGAAAAAGAUUUAUGCUCACCUCUCUACCCUCUCAAUCAGCUACUAUCAAGAAAGUAUUUAUAGUGGUCAUCCCAUUUUGGAUCAUUUCAAAUUAAAUGCUUACGCAUUAUGUCUUCUUACUCCAGACAAGAUGAAAUUUGAGGAGGAAUUCAUAAAAAUAAAAAUUUUAAGUGAAAAGGAAGUCUUACAGAAGAUGUAUACUCAAUUCCAACCUCUUAGUUUACAAAUAGGAAAAAAAAAAAAAGAGGCAAAGAAGGACAAUGACUCAUUUAGUUUCACAGAGCUAGUCAAUAAUCUCAAAUCUUUUGGAUCAUAGAAACAAGACAUUUAUUAAGUAAAUACACAUUGAAGAUGUGAAAAUGGAAUGACCACUAUAAGUACUUUUGGUUCACUUGCCUACGAUACCAUGAACUUCACAGAUUUCAGACUGACAUAUUCAAAUGUAAACAUCACUCCAAAUAUGACACAAGAAAGCUUUACCACUUGUCUAUUAUACCACAGUUCACCUUCACUACAGUUGGCUUCCUUAUCACAUCCAGACAUCUGUUCUCCCUUGUUGGGUUCCAUCAUAAAUAAAGUCUCCCUGGUAAUAAAGGUAAAAGUAUUACCCUCAAAUCUCUGAGUUAUAUUAUAAAAUGAUUCAUAUUAAAAAAUCUCGUCCAUGGCUAGCUUUAAGUCCAGUGAAGUAAAAAGACAGAAAAUGUCCCAAAUUGAAAAUUAUCAUUUUGGGAAGAUACCACAUUUUACUAGGAUAUAAAUGCUACAAGUUGCGCUUCUGUCCAAUUACAUGGGAAUAUUGGAAAACUUCAGUUCUUUCUGGCUUCCAUAAUCAUUUUUCACUCCACUAGGACUUCAUUAAGACCAUCUUAGCUAUGUUCAAAACAUCUGUCUACAAUAUGAUUAAAGAACCUUAAAGAAAACUCUAGGUCCUCCAACUUUUGAAUGAGUUAGAAAAAUAAAUAAAUACUUUUUCUAUAAUAACUUUUAUAGGUCUUUAUGGCAGUACAAAUCUUCCCUGAAAAUUUUACUGGGAAUUUCAGUGAAAAUAUGAGUUCAUGUAAUUAGACAGAAAAUAUAAAUAGCCAUUUGAUGUUCAUAUUACCUCGUGGGUGAGAAUCAAGUGGUGCUUUGUAUAACAGUUUAAAUGGCCCAGACCUUAGCUUGUGAAACAAUCAUGUAAAAAGUACUUGAAGUUAAGCAGAUAUUCUUUCCUUUUUAAAGGUACAUAGGAAAAACUGAGCAUAAUGGUUUGAUAAUCAAGUUUCCAAAACAGAGCUAAUAAACAGAAUGCUUGUAUAAACACAGCCAAUAGAAGUUGAUGUGAAUGUUCAGCUUAUUUAAAUAAUCUCUUCAAUCCUACUUGUCAGCUUUACCUCAAAUCUCUUUGUAUUUUAGAUUGUCUUUUUGGCCUGCUUGAGCGCUAUAAUUUUUCCAAAUAUCUGCUUUGUUGGUAUAGAAUUAGCCACCGGAAACUGAAUUAAAUAUGAACAUAAGUACAGACAUGCUAUUUUUACUGUAUUUCCAAAUGACUUUAUCAAUCACUUUCUCCAAAAGAUGUGGUUUGGGCUUGCAUUGCUUUUGGGGGCAUGUUUGUAAAGUGAGAACCUUGUCUGUGUAUAUGCGUGUGCACGCACACACACACACACUGAAAAUUAAUAGCAUAUGAUUGCUUACGCCUUGGCCUUCAUCCCACUUGGUAAAUUACUGAAUCAUUUUGAAGUGAGGGGAAGCAAAAAUAACUUUUCAAUGGAAAGAAACUUCCUGAGAUGUGGUGAGGAAUGGCUUAAAUACACCUGACUGCAUCCACUGUAGUGCAACCAUUAAUAGUGAGUUCUGUCAGGGUUUGGGUGUUUCUGAUUUGAAGAAAAAUAUAAAGCAUAUAAAAGCCAGAAGAACUUAACCUGUAUAAAAAAAAAAAAGUAUACUUUUUUUGGUGAAUUUAGUCUGCAUACUUCAGAGUUACUGAAUAAUUGAGAUAUUACUCUUUCUAUGAUGAUACAUGGUCUGGAGUUUCCAUCGACCUGCUGCAUGGAGGCCCCAGGAAGAAGGUGCUGGCAUAUGGAUGAUUUUGAAAGCUUUACUUUUAGAAAGUGGAAAAGUGUAUGGUUACUAAGAAACAAAUGAGUUUAUUGUUGAAAGGAGGCAGGCAGCUGGCAACUUGUUCAUUGGAUGUGAGUUGUGUUCUUUCUUCCUUCAAACACCAUACUAUCAGUGCUUGCAAUACUUGGGAAACAUGUACAUAUUUAAAAUGAAACUGUCUAUAUAUUAAAUGAAGUAGAAUGCCCUAAUACCCAAAGCUAGAUUUCUUACCUCAUGGGAAAAGUCGUGAAAGCUCUGUAGGAACUUCCUGUUACUAUACAAAUAGAUGAUUUUUGCAGUAACAGAACGCCCACCUUUUGACCCGUGUUAUCAACCCUCCUGUCCUCCCCCACCCUAAAAGAAAGGCCUUCUUUACAAUGCUAAAGUACUUGAUAGAACCAGUAAAGAUUUUUUAAAAGGUAAGAAUGGUCUGGAGUUUGAAGGUCAUUUUCACUGCUCUGCAGCACAGUCUGCAAUUUGAGUUUAUAAGCAGGUUUCAGGACAACUUAAUAUCCCAGGAAUUACAGCCAGUCCCUGAGAUGUUACAUGCACACACACACUCACACACACAUACCUAGGCACCAUCCUCAGUGGCAGUUGAAGUAGUAGGUGGCAGUGUGCCUUUAAAUUCUAGCCUAAAUGUCCAGCCAUGUACAAAUACAGUUAAGUUGGGUUUGGUCUUUUUAUGUGUAAUCCCACAAAAUUGAAUAUAUUCCCCAACUAUUUAUUGCCACCAAUUAUGCUCCAAUCUAGAAACUCUCUUGACACUUCUCUAACCAUAUGUAGCUAUUAAAACUGUAUCUUGGAAGGCAAGGCAAAAAAGAGACUUUGGAAUUUUGCAGGGAGUAUUUGAGAUACUUAGAUGGUGAUAGGAAAGAUGGAAAUACUUUCAAAGUUAAGACAACUCUGGUGAAGUAUUUUAAAUCACAGGUUAAACCACCAAAUUGUCAAACCAUUUAGAUGACUAAAUUGAGAUGGAGUUUCCAAGUUAAAAAAAAAAAAAAAUGUAGUUUCUGGCCUAGAACAUUAACACCACCAUUUUCUCUCUCAAAAAAAUUCAUAAAUGUAAACAGUAUACAGAGUAGCU